UAAAAACCUAAAUUUAGAUUCGUUCAAAGUAACAACAUGGAGUCGUAGCUAUUUGGCUGUGUUGGUGUCUGUGCCCUUUUUUUUGGAGGAGGAGGGUUUUAACCUAGUCGGGUUUCCCACAUAUUGACUAAUGUGACUGUGAGCACCGGGAGAAGCGUUAUAGCGGUCCAUGAAGAGCCGUCUAGCCGUCGGUAGUCCUCCUUCAGUCCGGUCCAGUGGACUUGAUGAACCCGGUCCGUCCACCCUGACCCGUGGAGGAGUAGCACCGACCACACAAACACGGUCAUGGACUUCCCGGGCCACUUCAACCAGGUGGUGACAGCGGAGGCGUUUGCUGCCCUGGUGGACAUGAUGUACACCUCCACCCUGAUGCUAGGAGAGAGCAACGUGAUGGACGUGCUGCUAGCUGCCUCUCACCUCCACCUGAACGCCGUAGUCAAGGCCUGUAAGCACUACCUGACCACCCGCACCAUGCCCAUGUCCCCGCCGGCAGACCACCGGGCCACACAACACCGCCAACACACCCACGCAGAACAGCAGAGACUCAGGCAGCAGCAGGCAACCGCCGAGUUAGCCGCUAACGCUAACCUAGCCGCUAACGCUAACCAAGAGGCUAACGCUAACCUGGCGGCUAACGCUGCUACGUCCAGGCUCCAGCGGUCGUUCCUGCUGCAGCAGCUGGGUCUAAGCCUGGUGAGCUCUGCCCUGGGCGGGGUGGAGGAGGAUGGGCUAAGGGGUGGUAGCGAUGGUGUUAGCAUUAGUGGUGUAGUGGAGCACAAAGCUUCCUUCCCCGUUCGACGCUUCCACAAGAGAAAGCCCUCCCUGAGCUUUAGCCUAUCUGAGGACAGGCCCAGGCAGAGGCCCCGCCCCUCCGGGACCCACGGGGAUGAGGAAGUGGGACUACUCUCCCCCGACUCUCACAAGACUGGGGAGGAGGACAGACUGGACGCGGCGAUCACCGGCCUAGUAGGGGGCGUGUCCCAGGACGAGUCCCAGAUGCCCAGCCAAUCGGACGGCGGACGCUGCGAAGGGGAGGAGCAAGGGAUGGCGGAGGAGAGGGGUGUCGGGAAGGAGUCCCUGGAUGGGGGGAGUCACCAUGGUGAUGGGGUGGAGGUGAAGAUAACGGAGGAAGAGGAGGAGGAGGAAGUACGGGAGCAUCAGGGACAGGUGGUGGUCAAGUGUGAGCCUCUGAGCUCCCAGAGCCAGCUGGGAUGA